CCCAGCGUAGCUCAGUUCGAGUCCAACUGCCUCCAGUGGCAGUAACGUUGUGCCGCGGCUUUCUAGUUUCUGCUCGAAGACAAGUCCGUGUGUUAUUGAUAAGCUCAAUUUAGUAAACUGUUACAUUGGAAAACAAAAACAAAGCACAUAAAUGAACGCUUUGGCGUUAAUCGCUUUCGCGCUGUGGGCGCUUUUUAUGCGCUACUUGCCGAAUAUAAUACAAUUUUUACGCAUAAGAAAAUUCGCGGCCAACAUACCGGGGCCGAGUAUUGGUGAACUGAUUGAGAAUGCGAAGAAAGGGCAAAUACUCGCAUGGUUGAAUACGCUUUACAAGAAACAUGGUCCUGUUUUUCGCAUAUGGUUCGGUAAGGAUCUCAUGGUUUUCUUUUCUGAUCCCGAAGACGUUCGGCAAAUACUAAGUAACAACAAAUUGCUAAGGAAGUCCAAAAAUUACGAACUCGUCGAGGUAUGGUUAGGCAAAGGUCUCCUCACAAGCGCCAACGAAGCAUGGCAACGGCGACGAAAAUUACUCACGCCCGCCUUCCACUUUCGCAUACUGAGCGAAUUCAAGGAGCCCAUGGAGGAUAAUUGUCAAAUUCUUAUCAGCAAAUUGCGCGAGAAAGCUAAUGGCGAGCAAUUCGAUAUAUACCCAUAUAUAACGUUAUUCGCUUUGGAUGCCAUUUUAGAGACGGCGAUGGGCAUAAAGAAGAAUGCGCAGAUGCAGAGUGAGUCAGAGUAUGUGAAGGCGGUGCAAACCAUUUGCCGCGUCAUGCACAAGCAAUCGUUUUCAUUUUGGCAACGCUUUGAGCUGCUCUAUCGCUUCACUGAUUCGUACAAAGAACGCUCCGAGGCGCUGAAGGUACUGCAUGGCGAAACCAAUCGUGUUAUCAAGCUGCGCCGCCAGAUGCUGCAGGACACCAACAUACAUAAUAUGGCAGACGCUGAGAAAUCGGACGACGUCGGCGGUAAACGGCGCCUAGCCUUCCUCGAUAUGCUGCUGAUAUCGCAGCUGGAAGGCGGUAGUCUAACGGAUCGUGAAAUACGCGAAGAAGUCGACACGUUUCUGUUCGAGGGUCACGACACUACGAGCUCUGCAAUAGCUUUCUGCAUUUAUCUUCUCUCCCAGCAUGAGCAGGAACAACAGCGCGCUUACGAGGAAGCCGUAGCCAUGCAGGGCCGUGAAAAGGAGUCAAUGCGUUACUUGGAAGCGGUUAUCAAAGAAACGUUACGUAUUUAUCCCUCAGUGCCAUUCUACUCGCGCAAAGUGCAGGAAGAUUUACAAAUCGGUAAUUUAACAGUACCGAAGGGUGCCUCAGUUAGUACGUUGGCCUAUAUGGUGCAUCGUGAUGAGAAGAAUUAUCCCGAACCGGAAAAAUUCAAUCCAGAACGAUUUUUGGUAACCGACAAAGAGUUGCAUCCAUUCGCUUUCGUAGCGUUUAGUGCGGGACCACGAAAUUGCAUUGGUCAAAAGUUUGCCAUGUUGGAGUUAAAGCUUUCGCUCUCGUCUCUAUUGCGGAGUUAUGAGUUUUUGCCUGUCAAAGAUUUCGUACCCAAUCCGUUGGCCGAGUUGGUGAUGAAGAGUGGAAAUGGCAUACAGAUACGUAUGAGACCAAGGAAAUAAAAUACCGUUACUAGCUUAUUAAAUAUUUUUACCGUCUUGUUUUUUAAAAUAAUAUUUGUUUUAUGAGAUAUAAAUAAAAAGCUUUUUUACUAAUUGUUCGAAAUACUAAAACUAAA